CAGCCCCACCUGGCCCCACUCAGCCCCUGCCCCGCUGGCUGUCGGAUCCUAGGACCAGCCCAGAGCCUUGCUCUCAGCCUGGCCAGACCCUCCCUGGCUCCUGUCUCUGCUGGGCCUUGUCCUGGUCUCAGAUCCCCUCUGGUCUCAGCCAGCCCAGACCCCCUGUUCCCCAACCUCUAGAUGAACCCUUCACAUUCCCCGCCCCACACCUCCUCGGGCUGCCCCAGGCCGCUCUGGGUUACGAGGGUUUUAUCCGGGUCCCUCCCCAGCCUUCAUCUUUCUUCUUCUCUGUGGGAAAAACCACCCAGACAGCAUGUGCCGAGAGCCAGCUCGCAACGAGAUGCAUCCCCGUCUGGGGCAGGGCAGCCGGAGAACAGCUGCAUCUCAGCACCGGGCGAGCCAUUCCCGGGCGGUGUUAUGUGCGGCUGGUCCCCAGCUGCCCCGCCCCAGAGGUGGUUGCAUCUCAGUGCUGGACAAGCUGUCCGCUAACCCCUUGUGUCUCCGUUCCAGGCCACCAGGACACCAUGCCCACCGAGAUAAGAUGGAUGGUUACUGCAUGUUCAACCACUUAGCCAUCGGGGCCAGAUACGCCCAGCAAAAGCUGGGAGUAGAACGAGUCCUGAUCGUUGACUGGGACGUGCACCAUGGGCAGGGCACCCAGUUCCUCUUCGAGGAGGAUCCCAGCGUGCUCUAUUUCUCCGUCCAUCGCUACGAGCAGGGGAGGUUCUGGCCCCACCUGCCAGCGUCCGACAGUCCCGCCGUGGGGCAGGGGCGUGGAGAGGGAUUCAACAUCAACGUGCCGUGGAAUGCGGUGGGAAUGAGGGACGGGGAUUAUCUCGCUGCCUUUUUACACGUCUUACUGCCAGUGGCCUUUGAGUUCCAACCCCAGCUGGUUCUGGUGGCCGCCGGGUUUGACUCUGUGCUCGGGGACCCCAAGGGUGAGAUGGCUGCGUCGGCCGCAUGCUUCGCUCACCUGACUCAUCUGCUGAUGGCCCUGGCAGGUGGCAAGGUGCUUCUGUCUUUGGAGGGUGGCUACAAUCUGAGCUCCCUGGCCGAGGGGGUGUGUGCGGUCCUGAGGACCCUCCUGGGGGACCCCUGUCCCCAGCUGGAGCCGCCCGUUGCCCCCUGUCGCAGCGCUCUGAGCUCUGUGUCCAGGACGCUCGCGAUCCAUGAGAAAUACUGGCGGAGCCUGCGCAGAGUGGAGGCCGACAUCCCCCCAGAGGAUGUGGAAGAGGAGCCAGCCCCCACGACACCCCCAGACUCCCCUGAGGUGCCGCGACCCCUCCCAGCUGCCCGCACUGGCCUGGUGUAUGACGAACGCAUGACGGAGCAUUACAACAUGUGGGACAGCCAGCACCCAGAGCUGCCCCAGCGGGUCUCCCGCAUCUUCCAGCGCCACGGGGAGCUGCGGCUCACGGAGCGGUGCCACCGCAUCCCAGCCCGCAGUGCUGAGGAAGAGGAGCUGAGAAUGUGCCACAGCCCGGCCUACGUGCAGAGGGUGAAGGCCACGUCCAGCAUGAAGCCACGGGAGCUGCACCGCCAGGGGGACCAGUACAACUCCAUCUACAUCUGCGCCAGCUCCUACGAGUGUGCCCGGCUGGCGGCCGGCUCCGCCUUCAACGCCGUGCAAGCCGUGCUGGAGGGCGAGGUGCAGAACGCCGUGGCCAUUGUCCGGCCCCCCGGGCAUCACGCUGAGUCCGACGCAGCCUGUGGCUUCUGCUUCUUCAAUUCGGUAGCCCUGGCAGCUCGUUUCGCGCAGCGCCUGGCGGGACGGCCCCUAAGGCCCAUGGGCUCGGGGCGGCAGUGGGGGGACAGGCUCCGAGUGGGACUAACCCCCCCGCCCCCCAGCGUGCUGUACGUCUCUCUGCACCGCUACGACCACGGCGCCUUCUUCCCCACCUCCGAGGACGCCGACGCCGACCGGGUGGGGGAGGGGCCGGGCCGCGGCUUCACCCUCAACGUGCCCUGGAACAGCCCCCGCAUGGGCGACGCCGAAUACCUGGCCGCCUUCCACCGCCUGGUGCUGCCCAUCGCCUACCAGUUCGCCCCGGAGCUGGUUCUGGUGUCGGCCGGGUUUGACGCCGCUCGCGGGGACCCGCUAGGGGGCUGCCUGGUGAGCCCCGAGGGCUACGCUCACAUGACCCACCUCCUGCUGGGGCUGGCAGGGGGCCGGGUCGUGCUGGUCUUGGAGGGAGGCUACAACCUGGUGUCGAUCUCCGAAUCCAUGACCAUGUGCACGCGGACCCUGCUGGGGGACCCACUGCCCGAGCUGGGGCGCCUGCGAGCUCCCCACCCCAGCGCCCUGCAGUCGCUGGCCCGGGCAAGCGCCGAGCACAGCAAAUACUGGGCCUGCCUUGCGAACCUGGACGUGCCGAUCCGGGAGGACUCGAGGCCCCGAUCCGGGCAGGCGGGCCCCGUCCGGGAGGACUCCCCACCAGAGGAUCCCACAGGGGGGUCCCAGAGUCCCCCAGUCUCCGAGGGCUCGGUCGAUGACAUCCUGAGGCUGGGAGCUCUCUGCCUCAGUGACAAGGCGAGGGCUGACUCGGGCUCCCCCCAGCUGAGCCCUGACUCCGCCCUGGUGGGCAGGGCUUCCACUGGAGGGGCGGAGCCUCCAGCUGCAGAGGAGUCAGAGGACCCUCGCAGCCUCCUGGACGAAGGAGCCGCCCUGCUUCCCUCCCCCUCCAUCAGCCUAGGGGUGAAGUUCACAGACACGGGGAUGCUCUACGCUGUCACCCCUCUGCCUUGGUGCCCCCACGUGGACUCGCUUCAGCCACUUCCUGCAGCCGGGCUGGACGCACUGGCGCCGUGUGAGGAAUGCGGCAGCCAGGGCGAGAACUGGGUCUGCCUGGCCUGUUAUCGGGUGCUCUGCGGUCGUUACGUCAAUCAGCACAUGCUGGCUCACGGCUCCAUUUCCGGCCACCCCCUGGUGCUGAGUUAUGCCGACCUCUCGGUCUGGUGCUACACCUGUCAAUCAUACGUCCAUCACCCGGUAAGCCACCCUUUGUGCCACCCCUCCUGGCCGGUCAGGGUUCCCCUCCCCCGCUGCCUAUAGGAGGGGUGGG